AUGACGGGCGUCCCCGCAAAGGGGGCGGCUGGCGUCCCUUCCUACACCCUCCCACUAGACCACCGGGACAGUGAGAACUGCAUCAGGUGCCCAGAAAUGGAAUGGUCCAAUAAGAACAGGACUAUCUGCAUUGCAAGAAUAGAAGUAUUUCUCUCAUACACAAAUUAUGUGAUUUCUGUGAUGUUUUCAUCAAUUUCAGUUCUAUUCUUUUUUCUAAGUCUUCUGAUUUCAGAAGUUUUUAUUUCACACCGGGACACCCCCAUAGUGAGAGCCAACAACAGGAGUCUGAGCUUCCUCCUCCUUGUCUCCAUCAAGCUGAGCUUCCUCAGUGUGUUUCUGUUCCUCGGUCGCCCUGUGGAUAUAACCUGCAGGCUGCGUAACAUCACUUUUGGAAUCACCUUCUCCAUAGCUGUCUCUUCUCUCCUAGCCAAGACUAUCAUGGUUUGUGUUGCCUUCAAAGCCACCAAGCCAGGGAGCUCAUGGAGAAAAUGGGUGGGAGUCAAACUGUCCAAUUCUGUCGUCUUGUUCUGCUCAUCCAUUCAAAUAAUAAUCUGCAUGACUUGGUUGGCCAUUUCUCCUCCCUUUCAGGAACUGGACCUUCACACUUACCCUGGAACCAUCAUCAUUCAGUGCAAUGAGGGCUCAGCUAUUGGCUUUUACUCAGUUAUUGGGUAUAUGGGGCUUCUGGCAGCUGUUAGUUUUGUUUUAGCAUUUUUAGCUCGGACAUUACCGGACAGUUUUAAUGAGGCCAAGUACAUCACUUUCAGCAUGUUGCUCUUCUGCAGUGUUUGGAUCACAAUGAUCCCGGCCUAUCUGAGCACCAAAGGCAAAAACACUGUGUGUUUACUUAUGUCAACGUAUUGGAUUGUUUUCAGUGUGUCUUCACCUAAGAAGAGGACUAGCAAAGAAAAGCACAGGAACUGUGUUGCAUGUGAAAAUACAGCCCAGAAGCAUUCUAGGUUGUGUGAACGCUGUUCUAGGAAAUUGGCAGGUGAUGCGGCAGCUGAUACGGCCGACAUCAUGAAAUGGAUUAAGGAAGCAGUAGAGGAAGGAGUUAAAGCUGCAACCAAAAGAUCUAGAAAUGAGAUGGAGGUGGAGCCCAGGACUGAUACAUGCAGUCGGCACAGUGUAGACAUUUCUGCUGCAAUGUCAGAUAUUUCAGAUGAGGAAAACUUCAGAGAAGAAUCUCAGGGAGACUCUUUUGAUAUUUGUUCAGUGGAGCCUUUGAUUAAGGCAGUUAGAGCGCAAUUGAAUAUGCCACAAACAACAGAGGCACAAGCUUCUACAUCAAACCCAUUUAAGUCACUUAGAGGGAGAGGGUUACAUUUCCCAUUCAUGAAUUUAUAA